GGGGUGGGAAACGAGGAGGCAUCCCCGCUUUUUAUUUCAGCGCCGCAAAUACACAGAGAUUGUUCGUCUUCUUCCUCUUCACAGCCCAAACCAAUCGAGCUUCCACGCGCGCCACCUGUUCGACGAAAGGCGUCUGAGCGGGUGCUCAGCGCGUCGGUGGCCAUGGAAGAGCCGCCUGGCAAGAAAGGUCCGGCCAUGGACCCCGCGCAAGACUCGGGCAGGGACUGGCUCAGCGGCCUCCCCGAGGGGGUCCUCCACCGCAUCAUGUCGUUCCUGGACUCUCGCCAGGCCGUGCGGACGUGCGUGCUCUCGCGGCGCUGGCGCGACCUCUGGCGCUCCGUGCCCCGCGUCCACGCCGACAUCUGCGAUCUCAUCCCGGACAGGAUCAUCGACGUCGAGGGAGAGAAGGCCAAGAUGGUGGUGUUCAACAGCUUCGUCAACCGGCUGCUGGAGCGACGCGAUCCCACCGCCUCAAUAGAGACGUUCUUCUGCAGAUGCUGCAUACCAGACGAAGACGGCCAUGGAUCGGCAGACGCGAACAGGUGGAUUUCCUACGGUUUGCAGAAGAACGCCUGGUUUCUGGAGGUUGUCAUGCUGCUCAAACCAUUGGAGCUCGAUCCCUCGGUGUUCAGUUCAAUCUACCUGAGAAGAAUUGCCUUCGACAAUGUUUUCAUGGACCAAGGUUUCUUCAAGCAACUCCAGAUGGGCUGUCCAGCAUUGGAACGUUUCGACUUAGAUGGUUGCAUCGUUGCGGAUGACGAGAUCUCCUCCAACACACUGAAGGUUUUGACCUUCGAUACUACUAAAUUCUGCUAUGAGUACAGGAUAUCUAUUUCUACUCCGACAGUUACUACUUUGGGCCUGCGCAAUACUAUUGGCGGCAAGCCUGUACUGAAGGACGUGGCAUCACUAGUGAGCGCAUCAGUGGUACUUUAUUGUGUGGAAACCAGCGAUUUCGAUGCUAAUGAUCUCCGCCACUAUCUCUGGAGCUUUUCUCACGUUAAAGAUUUGAUUUUCAGUUAUCAGGGGAAAAAGUUGACAAUUGAAAACAAUUUGCAAUGGUGUCCAAAGUUCUUCAAUCUUGUCGGCUUGACUCUGGGCAAAUGGUGUCUGAAUGCAAACUUCUAUGCACUAAUUGUCUUCCUUCAGAACUCACCAAGAUUGGAGAAACUGACCCUGAUACUCGCAGAGGAUAAUUGGAAAACAACAGAAGUAUUCAUCGGUGAUCUUGAAGAAAGAUCGUUUACAUGUGAGCACCUUACGAGUGUUGAAGUCAAAUGCUGGGAGGAUGAUCCCCUGGUGAACGUGGUUGACUUCUUUGUUGGUAGUGGAAUGUCUUCUGCUCAGAUUCAUAUCGAAUACGAAGACAAUGAUGAGGAUCAAUUUCAUAUUGAAUCCGAUAACAUGGUUGGGUUUGAGCUUGAGGACGAGGACGAGGACGAGGACGAGGACGAGGACGAGGACGAGGACGAGGAUGAUGAGGACGAGGACGGGGAUGAGGAUGAGCAACGUUCACUUUUUCAAUCUAAGGACGUAUGAAACGUCAAAGGGGCACAUUCCGUCCAAAAGAUCGCUCUCUUCCGUCUUCCUCCUUUGAUUCCAGUUGACUUCGAAAGCACAGAGACAUGUUUACUGAUCUUCUUUGGAGCUAGGACGUGAAGAAUCAUGUCUUUCGUUGCAUAUAAGUUCAGUCGUCUUUUGCUUGCUUGCUUCUGUGAUAUUCCAAGAACCAAGACUAUGUGCUACAUGUUUGAAUACUUUAUUAGGCCUUUAUAUAUGUUUUGCAAAGACGUGAUAUUAAAAUCCCAUAUCGUGCUUUCACUUCUUGGUUCCAUUAAUCGUUUUUUUUUCUAUCACUGCCUACUGUCAGGAUGUGACCAUUUUGACUGGAAGAGAUGCAUCAUUUGUUUUUGAAUUGAUCAUUUCUUGCUUGAUCUAGAAAGGAAGGCAAUUAAGUAACACCGGCAA